CGAGUCCGUUGCUUGCUUGCUCCCCUUGCCUCCCACCCCCACCCCCUCCUCCUCUUCACCCUCUUGGUCUUCUUCGUCGCUCGCUAAGUCGUUCGCUACCAUGUCCUUCAACGCGACAGUCGCUUCGGCGGCUCAUGAGUCCGCCUCCCAGCUCUACGCGAACGUCGACUUUGCUUCAUUGUCGUGGCUCGAGCAGCUCUGGAUGCAGUGGUACAUCCGGAUAGACAACCCCAUCAUUGCGACGGGUCUUAUGAGCUUCUUGCUGCACGAGAUUGUGUACUUUGGCCGCUCGAUCCCGUGGAUUAUCAUCGACGCUAUUCCGUACUUCCGCAAGUGGAAGCUGCAGCCCAACAAGAUUCCCACUCCACAGGAGCAGUGGGAGUGCACGAAGCAGGUGCUGUUUUCGCAUUUCACUAUUGAGCUCCCGGCUAUUUGGCUGUUCCACCCCCUGGCCGAGUCUUUGGGCAUGCAGACCUACCAGGUUCCUUUCCCGUCGUGGCAGACUAUGCUGCCCCAGAUAUUGUUCUUCUUCGCCUUCGAGGACAUGUUCCACUACUUCGCGCACCAGGCUCUUCACACUAGCAUCCUCUACAAGCACAUCCACAAGUUGCACCACAAGUACUCGGCACCGUUUGGUCUGGCCGCUGAGUAUGCCCACCCCGCGGAGGUCUUCAUUCUCGGCACUGGUACCCUCGCUGGCCCCAUCCUCUACUGUCUCUUCACGCAGAACCUCCACAUCCUCACCGUCUACGUCUGGAUCGUCCUCCGUCUCUUCCAGGCCAUCGAUGCACACAGCGGCUACGACUUCCCCUGGUCGCUGCAGCACAUCCUCCCCUUCUGGUCCGGCGCGGAGCACCACGACUUCCACCACAUGGCGUUCACGAACAACUACUCGACGUCGUUCCGCUGGUGCGACCGCAUCUUCGGCACCGACGACAAGUACCGCGCCUACCGCAAGAAGAUCGACGCACAGAAGGCCGCAAUGAAGGGCAAGUCCAAGGCGGAGCGCGCGAUUGCCGAGCAGCAGCUGCUCGCUGAGAUCGAGGCCGAGGGCCAGCGGGCCGAGGCAGAGGUCGAGGCGCGUGCGGAGGGCAAAAUCAAGGCGCAGUAGACGCACCACCCACUUUUUAUGAUCGCAACGUAGAGAACCGCAAGGGAAAUUCAUACCAUUUAUAAGUUACACACGGAUUCAUUUGUGACGCUUUGUUUGCUUUAUGUCACUCCUAGAGCUAGCCAGCAACACCGCUUAAUUCUUCACGCAGUCGUAUUCAUAUUGUGCAUUAUUACAUGGUUCUAUAAUGAUGUGAUAUUUCGGUCAGCUUGAGGUGUGUGGUACCACAGCAUGACAUUGCGGCUUCGAGCACGAGGCAAAGUUCGGACAUGGUUUCAAAACUAGAUAUCGUUGUCCGCGUCGCCUUCGCUGGACACUGGGGAGUCAAGCGGACCCAUCUCUACGACCAGCUCUCCUCUUCGUUGUUUGCGGCAUCGCACACGACUCAGCUCAGCGGUGUUCAGGAGCCAGCUAGGAUCCACGUCCAAGGUGUCUGCCAGAGAACGAAGGUUGAUCAUUGUACGGCAUGUCACCACGGCUAUGCUUGAUACUUGAAAUUGUCCAUGCAAGGUUGCGAUUGCCAGAUAUUCUUUGUCGGUUUGCGCCGGCGCCAGAUAGAUCAUUCCUAGGGUCAGGCCAAUCAGAGCGAACGCAUAAAUGAAAGACCCCUCUUGAAGUAGCUGCAUCAUGGACGAUCUCUGCAACGACUCGACGUCCUUCAUCUUCCACAGCGUCAGCCCGAACAUGACAGUGUGAACUAUUAACGAAGGCAUGAACAGCCGCCACAUCCCGGGUGGACCGUUGAAACCCUUUUCUAGGUUCUUGUUCGUUAUCCCGGCUGCCUCGUACAGGAGACCGGGAGAUAGCAGGGCGAGGACGCCGACGCUGCCGGCGAUGCAUGCGACGUAUGAGAUGACCGCGAGCGUGCGGAUCGGCUUUUUGGUCUUGAAUAGAUACCAGACGCGGAGGGUUACUACGCCUUGACUUACAGCCGCCAUCAAGAUAUCAAUGAUGAAGGCGAGCGGGACUGUCACAUGUAAGACGUUGUCCGCUCUGGUGGAGAGUAAUGAUAUUGUAGAAUUGCUAUUCAUUAUGGCGUAUAAGUAAAACAGCGCCGUAUUGAAGCAUAGGAGAACCUGGCAGACUCACAUCGCUUGUAGAAUAGAUAAGUAACGAAGAGUGAUGUAAAGCACUCUGCUGAGUGAGAAAGGUCCAGUCCAAAACAGCGACGUCUAAAAGAGAUUCAUGUCAAUCGAUUUGUUCUGUGCUGUAAGAACAUGAUCCGCCGUCACCUCCCGAUGCAGCGAUAUCAAGUAGUCAUGAACAACUAAGGAGAUGCUUGCCACCGCAAGGUAGUUCCCGCUCCGGAUGCCGCACUCUGCAAUGGCCUGACUGCAAUCUGCAUACAACAACUGUGGAGACGGCAUAUGCGGCAACCAGUUUACCAGCUCGGUGUUGGGGAAACAGCUUUAGGAGGCGAGGAAUCUCGAGUAUCAAAUCGUGAUUGGAGCGAACGUUUUAUGCCAUCUUCAUAGUGAAUGGAUAUCACGGAGAACUGAGAUAGGGCUGCAUGAGAUGAUUAUAGCCUUGGAUAUCGGGACUGUGUUUAAAAGUCAUCAGCAGCUGGUCAAUCAGAAUCAUUAUGUGAUGGGAAAAGUCUCAUGGAAUAGACCUUGAUGCUGUCCGUCCUGUCCAUGCGGGCGUUGCAGGAAGACUCGGCGCAUAAGUACGACAAAGGGCAGUGGAUGUAUCAGAGUAAACAGAGCCACGACAAAUUGG